AUGAUGCGCUCUACUCCGUAUCUUGGCGGUGGUGCACGUACCCCCACAAAUAAUCUCCCGCCCUUUACAGGCGUUUCUCCCCGUGUUUCCUCACACGGCGUGGCGGCUCAUCGCGGUGAGUACAUCUCUAUUGUUCUGAGGCCUACGGCGCUGAAUGCGCAGCGCGGCUCUCUGGAGGCGCAAUGUGUCGCCACGGAGGAGCCGGUGGAAAUUAUGGGACUUCCCAGUACAGCGGAGGUGGCGCAGGUGAACGAGUUUGUGUGCUACGUGAAUCCCAGCAACGGGCAGUUGGAGUACUUCCAACACGGCACGUACAACGACGAAUACGACGUGGAGACGUAUCGCAGGUUGUUGGAACUCUGCCCCAAGUUCCCACAGCUUUUUUGA